GGGACGCGGGAGAGGCCGGCCUUGGCCCCGAGGGGCCCGGGCCGAGCCCCGAAUCCCCUGCGCUGGGGGCCCCUCGCUGGUUCUCGUGCUUGGACGGAGGGACACCUCUCACCACAAGUGGGCGAGAGUAGUCGCUGCCUUCGGACCCGUAUCUUUUGAGAAAUAAAAUGGAUUGGCCCAGGGUGCUCCCUGCACCGGGCAUGGCCAGGUUUCCAGUAGCUCUUUUGUUAAGGAACUCUGCCUCCCGCUUCUGCAGAUAGCGUUUGAUGGACUGCGAAUGGUGCCAAGUUGCCUCGUAACCUUCACUAAGUAGGUCAGCCUGUUUGAAAAAAAAAAAUGAAAAGGAAAAGCAAAAUGAAUUGAAAGACAUUUUGGCAAUUAGAUCAUGGCAACCAUAGAAGAAAUUGCUCAUCAAAUUAUUGAACAACAGAUGGGAGAGUUCUUAACAGAUAAUUCUUCUUCAGACCAAGGACCAAAUAAGAUUUUUGAUCUUUGCGUAGUAUGUGGAGACAAAGCAUCAGGACGUCAUUAUGGAGCAGUAACUUGUGAAGGCUGCAAAGGAUUUUUUAAAAGAAGUAUCCGAAAAAAUUUAGUUUACUCAUGUCGAGGAUCUAAGGACUGUAUUAUCAAUAAACAUCAUCGAAACCGCUGUCAAUAUUGCAGGUUACAGAGAUGUAUUGCGUUUGGAAUGAAACAAGACUCUGUUCAGUGUGAAAGAAAACCCAUUGAAGUAUCACGAGAAAAAUCUUCCAACUGUGCCGCUUCAACAGAAAAAAUCUACAUUCGAAAAGACCUUCGAAGCCCAUUAGCUGCAACUCCUACUUUUGUAACAGAUAGUGAAACUGCAAGAUCAGCAGGACUGUUAGAUCCAGGAAUGUUUGUGAAUAUUCAUCCGUCUGGAAUAAAAACUGAGUCCUCUAUGCUGAUGACACCAGAUAAGGCUGAUACCUGUCAGGGAGAUUUAAGUACAUUGGCCAGUGUGGUUACAUCAUUAGCAAAUCUUGGAAAAACUAAAGAUCUUUUUCAAAAUAGUAAUAAAAUGUCUAUGAUUGAAGGAUUAAGUAAUGGUGAUGCCUCUUUGUGUGAAUUUAAUCAAGAAAUUCAUACCAAUGGUGAUGUUUCAAGGGCAUUUGACACUCUUGCAAAAGCAUUGAAUCCCGGAGAGAGCACAGCCUGUCAGAGCUCAGUAGAGGGCAUGGAAGGAAACGUACAUCUAAUUGCUGGAGACUCAAGCAUAAAUUACAUCGAAAAAGAGGGGCCACUUCUCAGCGAUUCACAUGUAGCUUUCAGGCUCACCAUGCCUUCUCCUAUGCCUGAGUACCUGAAUGUGCACUAUAUCGGGGAGUCUGCCUCCAGACUGCUGUUCUUAUCGAUGCACUGGGCACUUUCUAUUCCUUCCUUCCAGGCUUUGGGGCAGGAAAACAGCAUAUCAUUGGUGAAAGCUUAUUGGAAUGAACUUUUUACUCUUGGUCUUGCCCAGUGCUGGCAAGUAAUGAAUGUGGCAACUAUAUUAGCAACAUUUGUCAAUUGCCUUCACAGUAGCCUUCAACAAGAUAAAAUGUCAACAGAAAGAAGAAAAUUAUUGAUGGAGCACAUCUUCAAACUCCAGGAGUUUUGCAACAGCAUGGUUAAACUCUGUGUUGAUGGCUAUGAAUAUGCCUACCUGAAAGCAAUAGUGCUCUUCAGUCCAGACCAUCCAGGCCUAGAAAACAUGGAACAGAUUGAGAAAUUUCAGGAAAAGGCUUAUGUGGAAUUUCAAGAUUAUAUAACCAGAACAUAUCCAGAUGACACCUACAGGUUGUCCAGACUACUACUCAGAUUGCCAGCUUUGAGGUUGAUGAAUGCUACCAUCACUGAAGAAUUGUUUUUCAAAGGUCUCAUUGGCAAUGUACGAAUUGACAGUGUUAUCCCACAUAUUUUAAAAAUGGAACCUGCAGAUUAUAACUCACAAAUAAUUGGUCACAGCAUAUGAAAGCUGAGCACUCAGUGUAAAAUUGUUCUUUCUCAGAACACAAGACACCAAAUUGAACUCAUGGUUUUCCAGGGCACCUGGAAAUUUUGACUUUAAAGAAUAACCAAAAACCAAGAUAUUUUUAUUUUUACUUUCUUAAGAAGAAUUUUCAAAGUGACUGGGCAGGUAGCAGGAAUUAGAGUUUCCUUUCCUGUCUUAUUUAAGUGAAUAAGAAAUACUAUGAAUUUUUUCUUGGUUAAGAUGAUACCUAAAGCUGUCACCUUUUAACUAUCUAAACUAAGAUCUCUUAUAUCUUAUUUGGUGAAACAAAUAAACUAGUUCUUUGUUUUUUUUUCAGAA